AGCUCGAAAACCUCCGCGCAGCCGGGGCGGGUGGCACAGACCCCGCUCACGGCAGCUGGGGCCGGCAACGGCCUUUAAGUUACCGGCCUCGAAACCGCGUGAGGCCGCCGGGCACCGCGUUCGUAACGGAGCCUGGGCUGCGCUCGGUAUCGGGCCCAGUGUGAGCGGCGGUGUGACGGUGCCGUGCCCUGAGCACCGAGGGUGCCAAAUGUUUUACUGAAAAACAUCAAGACAAAGCUGCUGCAUAGAGAGCUAACAACUUCAAUUAGCAAAGUAGUCCUCCUAUAAGAAGAAGCAGAACAGCAGGACCUGAAAUAAUGUAAGGGAGGAAGUGGGUUGUGGCUUUCCCUAAAACUAAGGUUAAAUGCGUAAUGAUCUUUGAACAAGUGGAUGUAUAACCUCACUGAAGAUGUCUGUUCAAAGCCAGCACCAGUCCAUUAUUAUUAACCCUCCUCCACCAGAAUACAUAAAUAACAAUGGUUGUGGAUGUCAAACAAACCAACUUCAGUACUUACAGAGGGUGGUCAUGAGAGCCAUGUGGAGGCACAACUUUUCCUGGCCAUUUCACCAACCUGUAGAUGCAGUAACACUGAAUCUGCCUGAUUAUUACACUAUCAUAAAAAACCCUAUGGAUUUAGGCACCAUCAAAAAGCGUCUGGAACACAAUUACUACACAAGAGCUGCAGAAUGUAUUGAAGACUUUAAAACUAUGUUCUGGAACUGCUACAUGUACAACAAGCCAGGUGAUGACAUUGUGUUUAUGGCCAAAGAGCUAGAAAAAGUGUUUAUGCAGAAAAUAGCCCAAAUGCCACCAGAAGAAAAACUACUGAGUUCCAAUAAAGGAAAGAGAAAAGGAAAGAAGACAGAAGAAACAUGGCAGCCCAACCCUGGGACUUCAAAUGAACAAAGCACAAAUGAGCACCAACAAGCUGAAAGCAGUGACCAGCCUCUAGUGAUGACUCAAGAGCAACAGCAGGUGACACUGGCUCCUUUGUCUGCAGCUCAGCUGACUGCUUUAAUGCCAGCUGCAGCCUCUGUAACAAAAGCAAAAAAUGGUGUAAAAAGGAAGGCUGACACUACAACUCCUACUACUUCAAUAGUUGCAGCAAAUGGAGAAUCUUCUGCAAUGUUUAAUGAAAGAAAAGCUGUUAAAACAUGUAGAAGUGAAAAUGAAUGUAUGGUAUCAAAUAAGCUUCUGAAGAAACCCUUUUCAGAUUCUGAACAGCCACCUGGAAUUACUAAAAAGAUUCAGUUGUCAGAACAACUAAAACAUUGUAAUGCAAUACUUAAAGAAAUGUUUUCAAAGAAACAUGCAGCAUAUGCAUGGCCUUUCAUAAAACCUGUAGAUGUGGCAUCAUUUUCCACUGGUGUGAACCAAGCCAAUUCCAAAUGUCCUACAGACCUAGGAACCAUUAAAAAGAAAAUGGAUAACUUCGAAUAUAAUGAUAUACAAGAAUUUGCUACAGAUGUUAGAUUAAUGUUCAUGAGCUGCUAUAAACGUAAUUCUUCAGACCAUGAAAUAGUUGCUAUGGCAAGAAAACUUCAGGAUGUUUUUGAAAUGCACUUUGCUAAAAUUCCUGAUGAACCUGUUGCAAGUGAUCAUCUGCCACAUCCUGUGAGUGAAAUGAAAGAAGCUUAUUCCAGUGAAAGUAGUAAUGAUAACUCCUCAGAAGAAAAAUCAUCUGAAGACUCUGAAGAGGAAAGAGAAGUGCACCUCAAAAAGCUUCAGGAGCAACUUAAAGCUCUUCACCAGCAGUUGUGGCUUUUGACCAAAGCAUGCUUAUCUAGACCAGAAAAGAAAAAAGGGAAGGCUAAAAGUGAGAAAAGAAAGAAUAAGGAAAAAGCAGAAAUAAAAAGCUUGAUUCAAAAGAAGAAAAAUCUGAAAUACAUAAAGAAAUCUAAGAAAAAUCUGUCUUUAAACAUUCAAUCAAAGAAAACCAUGCAGCAGGUCUUGUUGGCACAUAAGUCAGAAGAUGAAGAUGGUGCCAAACCUAUGAAUUAUGAUGAAAAACGACAGUUGAGUUUGGACAUAAAUAAACUCCCUGGAGAUAAGCUUGGGAAAGUAGUUGAUAUAAUACAGUCAAGAGAACCUGCACUGAGGAACUCUAACCCUGAUGAGAUAGAAAUAGAUUUUGAAACCUUAAAUGCUUCAACGCUCAGAGAACUAGAGAAAUAUGUAGCAACCUGUUUGAGGAAGAAACAAAGGAAGCAGGCUAAAAAAACAACAAAGUCAAAAGAAGAAUUUAAUUUUGAGAGGAAACAAGAGCUAGAGAAGAGCCUACUGGAUGUCAAUGGUCAACUAAACCCAAAGAAGGAGAGCUUCAAGAUUGAAAACAAUGCUGAGUCAAGUACUGGGCCAAGCAGACUGAGUGACAGCAGCAGCAGCUCUUCAGAUUCCAGCAGCAGCACCAGCAGUGAUUCUAGCUCCUCAGACAGCAGUGACUCUGAAUCAGUUACAGAAACCUGUUCAAAACAGACUGGAGCCAGGCAGAACUGUCCAGCUUCUAUGGAAAAGUCUAAGAGAAUACCACUUUGUUUGCAGAAGACAUCCUGCAAUGCUGUUCUGCAAGCACAGCCCUCCUCUCCUACUAGCAGCCUGCAAAAUCAUGGAUCAUCUGAACUGCAGCAGCAACCUCCCAAUGUAGUGCAAAGGCUUCAGUGCCUUAAUCCAUCAGAACAAAAUGCUCAGACUCUCUCAGAUAAAAUCUCAGCUGUACCUGUUCUGCAUGAUGCUCCAGACCAGCAAACUCCUCAGAGCACUCCAAAGACAAAUCAGUCUUCUGUCACCCACUCCAGAAGUGUUCUUCCAGAGGUGUCCAACACCAUUUUCCAAGUUGAUGGUGUGGACUGGACUAAACAAGCUGAGCAAACAAGGCAUCUAGACAAAUCAAAUAAACUUCAAAACAAGACCAACGUGAGAACUGCGGAUUUAAUUUCCAUAAAUCAAGAACAAAGUCAUUGUACACUCAGUGAUAAAUCUAAUGAUAAAAACAUACUAGAGCCAAUACCUGAACUUCUUCCAAGAAAGGAGACAGAAUUGAAGACUGUAGAUUCCUGGGUAAGCCUAUGUAAAACGAUGAAGCUUCCAGCUCCAAUAAAAGCAUCUGCAGAGAGCUUCAAUCAGUUCAGAGAUGCAGUAUUAAAGAGGAGUGGGCAAGUGCAGGAGUCAAAAAGGUCUCUUCUGCAAGCUGAGAGGGAGCUGCAAAAUCUUCCGCAAGAAAACAAAAAGUUUGUAACCAGUUCUGUGGGCCAUGAAAGCACAGGACUGGAUGCCAUGGCAGAGACACACUGUGACCUUGAAAAAGAAAUACAGAAGAGUAAAGUGCCUGAAGCUCAACAACAUAUUCUUGACCAAGACCGUAACUUGGCUAGAAAAAUGGAACAAGAACGCAGGAGGAAGGAAGCAACAGCUUGGAUAAUUGAUGUGAAUCUGCAGAGAGAUAUUAUGGCAUCUUUUGAAGAAUAUCUUGAGUGAAAGCAGUAGUCUGCAUAGAAUUUAACUUCAAACUACUAUGAGCAGCAUAGUUUUGUACUAGUUAGGAUCUUAUGUUCAGACCACUUUAAAGGUCUUCUAUAAAAUGCUUUGUAUUAAAAGCUUGUUCAUUAAUA